GUGAAUCAAUCCCCCCCGCACUUCUGCCCCGUUCAUGCCAUGCCACUACACUACCGGACAACGUUUGGACGUGGCUUGAUCUGAUCGGUCAUCAAUGGUUCUGUCAUGCAUCUUGCUGUAUACUGUAUGACGGAUGAACACAGACCCCCCCAUUCCUUUUCUCUCUUUGUCUCUAGUGAAACAAGACCAGACAGGAAAGCUUUGUGAACGAUUCUACUUAGUCUUGGUGGACAUGCCCCGUACCUCCGUGGCAGCCAGGAUCGUCUCCGUCAGAUUUACCGAUUGAUAAUUAGAUGGAUGGAGCCAGCGAAUGAGGUUACUGGCCUCGUGCCAUCGCCGCAUCCACACCCAGCUUCGUCCUCCGAACCGUCGGCUACAUCCUCCAGUACAGGCGACAACACCCUCAUCACAAAUUCAACUCCGCCAAUUGUACCCAUAAACGGGGACAGUGCCAUCAUCUCUCACGCUCAGGCUGCUUCAGACAAGGAGCGUCCUAUAUCCGGAAUAGUCCCUCCAUAUUGGACUCAUCACAGAACUGCCUCCAGAAUAUCGCAGACAUCUCUCGACCAAGGCCCUGCCAUUACACUUGAAGAUCACACGGAAGAUCCGGAGUGCGAGACCAGCCGUGGGCUGUGGGCGAAGAGCGUCUCGGUUGAGGAUUAUGUUGUUGUUCAAGGGAAAACCGGCAUCGGGUCGUAUGUAGUAUGGAACUGCAGAGUACAAACUCUUGAUGGCGGCCCUAUAACAGUUCGCUUGAGGUAUUCUGAGUUCGAUGACCUGCGACAACGCCUCAUAAUGUCGUUUCCGCACGCCAAAAACGCCCUACCUCCCUUGCCUCCAAAGAGUGUCAUCUUCAAGUUCCGACCGAAGUUUCUCGAAUCACGUCGCGUUGGGUUAGAGUACUUUUUGAACUGUGUUCUGCUGAACCCCGAAUUUUCCAGUUCUCCGAUUGUCAAAGAGUUUCUUUUUGGGAGGGCGUGCUAAUCAAAUCUACCUUCUGGUCUACCUCUAUACCUUCAACAGCCAUCUCUAUUACAAUCACGACGUCAACGAGUAUGAAUAUACCUUUUUGUUUUUGGGUUUCACGUACUCGGAAUUAUGG